UUGGCUCCGGGGCCCUUGGCCGACGCCAUUAGGAGCCGCAGCGCCCGAGGCCGACCCCUUCUACCGCUCUGCCCCCUCCCCUCUGCCCCUGGAGCGCCCCCCGCCCCCGCGCCCGCUUUCCGCCCCUCCGCCCCCGCCCCCGGUAGCCGGGAGCCGCGCGCGGGCCCGCGGAGACCAUGUCCUGACUGAGGGGAGAGGGCGGAGGCGGCAGCAGCGGGACGGGCGGCGGCACGGAGGGAGGCGGAGAGGGGCCGGGCUCGGCUCGUCGCCUCGGGCUGCUCGGGGAGUCGCCGCCGCCGCCGCCGCCGCCGGGCGCUGAGCAUCGGACGGGGAGGAGGAGCAGGAGCUGGAGGAGCCGCCGCCGCCGCCAGGACCCUUAGUGCGGGCUGUUCUGUGGGUUUUAUAAACACAAGUCUCGUCCACAUUCCACGCCACUUGAUGUCCUGACCCACAGUUUCUGCGAGCUUGGCUAUCUGGUUGAAAACUGAGGGAAGGAAAUAAUACAGAGAACACACAUUCAAAUCAGUAUUCCCGAAACUAGCCUCAAGAGGAAAUACACUUCCUGCCUGACAUAACUCACUUCAAGAAGAGCACAAUGUCAGAACGUGGAAUUAAGUGGGCUUGUGAAUACUGUACGUAUGAAAACUGGCCGUCUGCCAUCAAGUGUACUAUGUGUCGUGCCCAGAGACCAAGUGGAACAAUUAUCACAGAAGAUCCAUUUAAAAGUGGCUCAAGUGAUGUUGGUAGAGAUUGGGAUCCUUCCAGCACUGAAGGAGGAAGUAGUCCUUUGAUAUGUCCAGACUCUAGUGCAAGACCAAGGGUUAAGUCUUCGUACAGCAUGGAAAAUGCAAAUAAAUGGUCGUGCCACAUGUGCACGUAUUUGAACUGGCCGAGAGCAAUCAGUUGUACCCAGUGCUUGUCGCAGCGCAGGACCAGGAGUCCCACAGAGUCUCCUCAAUCCUCAGGAUCUGGCUCCAGACCAGUUGCUUUUUCUGUUGAUCCUUGCGAGGAAUACAAUGAUAGAAAUAAACCGAACACAAGGACCCAGCAUUGGACUUGUUCUAUUUGCACAUAUGAAAACUGGGCCAAGGCUAAAAAAUGUGUCGUUUGUGAUCAUCCCAGACCUAAUAAUAUUGAAGCAAUAGAGUUGGCAGAGACUGAUGAGGCUUCUUCAAUAAUAAAUGAGCAAGACCGAGCCCGAUGGAGGGGAAGCUGCAGCAGUGGUAACAGCCAAAGAAGAUCACCUCCCACUACGAAACGGGACUCUGAGAUGAAAAUGGAUUUUCAGAGGAUUGAAUUGGCUGGUGCUGUUGGCAGCAAGGAGGAACUCGAAGUGGACUUCAAAAAACUAAAACAAAUUAAAAACAGGAUGAAAAAGACCGAUUGGCUAUUCCUCAAUGCUUGUGUGGGGGUUGUAGAAGGUGAUCUAGCUGCUAUAGAAGCGUACAAGUCAUCAGGAGGGGACAUUGCCCGUCAGCUCACUGCGGAUGAGGUGCGCUUGCUCAACCGCCCUUCUGCUUUCGAUGUUGGCUAUACACUCGUCCACCUGGCUAUACGCUUUCAGAGGCAGGACAUGCUAGCGAUACUGCUCACAGAGGUGUCUCAAGAAGCAGCGAAGUGCAUCCCUGCAAUGGUGUGUCCUGAGCUGACAGAGCAGAUCCGGCGAGAGAUCGCCGCCUCUCUCCAUCAGAGAAAGGGAGAUUUUGCUUGCUAUUUUCUAACUGACCUUGUGACAUUUACGUUGCCAGCAGAUAUUGAAGACUUGCCUCCAACAGUCCAAGAAAAAGUAUUUGAUGAGGUGCUUGAUAGAGAUGUUCAGAAAGAGUUAGAAGAAGAAUCUCCAAUUAUAAACUGGUCUUUGGAAUUGGCUACUCGUUUGGAUAGUCGACUAUAUGCGCUUUGGAACCGGACUGCGGGAGACUGCUUACUUGAUUCAGUGCUACAAGCUACCUGGGGCAUUUAUGACAAGGACUCGGUGCUUCGGAAAGCCCUGCAUGACAGCCUGCAUGACUGUUCACAUUGGUUUUACACACGUUGGAAAGAUUGGGAAUCAUGGUAUUCUCAGAGCUUUGGUUUACAUUUCUCCUUGCGAGAAGAACAGUGGCAAGAAGACUGGGCAUUCAUACUCUCCCUUGCCAGCCAGCCUGGAGCAAGCUUGGAACAGACGCACAUUUUUGUACUUGCACAUAUUCUUAGACGACCAAUUAUAGUUUAUGGAGUAAAAUAUUAUAAGAGUUUCCGGGGAGAAACUUUAGGAUAUACUCGGUUUCAAGGUGUUUAUUUGCCUUUGUUGUGGGAACAGAGUUUUUGUUGGAAAAGUCCGAUCGCUCUGGGCUAUACGAGGGGCCAUUUCUCUGCUUUGGUGGCCAUGGAAAACGACGGCUAUGGCAACCGAGGUGCUGGUGCUAACCUGAACACGGACGACGACGUCACGGUCACGUUCCUGCCUCUGGUGGACAGCGAGAGGAAGUUACUGCACGUGCACUUUCUUUCUGCUCAGGAGCUAGGUAAUGAGGAGCAGCAGGAGAAGCUGCUCCGGGAGUGGCUGGACUGCUGUGUGACCGAGGGCGGCGUGCUGGUGGCCCUGCAGAAGAGCUCUCGGCGGCGGAACCACCCCCUGGUCACGCACAUGGUGGAGAAAUGGCUUGACCGCUAUAGGCAGAUCCGGCCUUGUACGUCCCUGUCUGACGGAGAGGAAGAUGACGAUGAUGAGGAUGAAUGAAAAAACUCUGACAGCAGAAGACCAGGGUUAUUGGCUCUGCGGCGCCCGCAGAGCUCGUGUGGCGCGUGCUCCCAGCGGGGUGCGGGGCGCAGAAGGAACCGGAUCUGGUGGGACCUGCCCGGAAGGGUUUUCCUCAUCACACCCGACAGAGAUGACGAAUCUGCUGUGUGAGGAGACAGAGAACUUUGGACUACAGUUUGUAAAAAAAAAAAAAAAAAAAAAAAAAAAAGAAAAGAAAAAAAAAAGAACCCCCCCCCUAAUUUUAUUAAGACAGAACUUUUUUCCUUUCAAGUUGUAAAUGUGUCUAUAACUGUAACGCAUGUGGUUGUGUAAGAAGUUGUGUAAUAGGACAAGUUGUACCAGCAUCUUCAUAUUAUUGAGAAGUUUUUUCAGCACGGGCACCUCCCCCCAAAGCUCAUGGCAGAUGACUUUGUUCCUUUGAGAUCUUCUUUCUCAAGUAGAACCUGGCGUUCUACUUCCACCUUAAAAGGCCCACAGCCACACAUAAAAAUAAAAACAAGCUUUUAUUUUAUUAAUAAUUUAGUUCCUGUUGUGCCCAGUAAAACGAAAUCAAAUCUUUAAGGAACAAACUGCAAGGAAAGAAAGAAUUGAGGGAACUUCAUACAGACGUCAUUCCCUUGUUUUGGAAAGGGUUUGGGUUUCUAUUUGUUUGUCUUUUUUAAAAGCUUCUGAUAUGCCCCCUUUCAGUAUUUAGGUAUUUGUUUGGAAGAGUGCCCUUAAAAUGAGGGUUCUCCCAGAGCCCGCAAGGCAGUGUCCUCGGGGACCGUCGCUCCCCCGAUGUGAGGGAGGCGCCUGGGGUACAGGCCCGCUCGGGACUAAAUGAAUUGUGUGAAAUUUGCUCCCUUGAUUCAAUUGACAAUGUUCCGAUCCCAGACUGCCCCGCAGAGGCUCUUCACCAGCCACUCUGCUUGCGGCAGAAUGUGUUAGAAAGGCAUGCCUUUGCUUCGGCUAACUGGGGGUCGGUUACGUAUAAAGAGUUACAAAAUGCAGUAAGGUGGUAAAUGCAUUGUAUAACCAAUUUCUCAGAGCAGUCUGAGGAUUUUUGCAUGUUGGUUAAUUGUGGCCAUUCUUAUUUAAAACUAUAAUCUUAGAUAGAAAUCUUUUUAUAAAAAGUAUUACUUGACCACUUCAGGUAUAUGUUCAGUACUGGGUGAAAGUUGCAGAUCUAUCUCAGGAGCACAAAGACUUCCUGACAAGCACUUUGUAGACUAUGGACGUGGUAAGGAAUUUGGAAAGAAGCCCCUCCCCCCCCCCCCCCCCCACAUGCUUCCUUCACUUUGGAGAAAAGGCUGUGAAAGACCUUUCAAUACUAGUUUUUCUUAGUUCUGUCUAGAUGGUGUUUGAAAUGAGCACAGCCUCUGACUUGAUGCUCGAAUACUAAAGACGGAAAACCACCCAGAUGUCCUUUUCUUCCUCCUCGGAACAGUCCACUGAAAGACCCUCCCAGGACAAAGGGAGGACUUUUGCUCUCUGCUAGAACUUGCAGGAAACUUCUGCAAGUUGAUGGCGUAUAAAUGAAUUUUGCUGUAAUGAUGGUAAAUGGUACUGUUCUAAGCGGCUAUAUUAUCCUACAGGUUGACUAUGGUUUACUUUCAUUUUGGUCAGUAAUUAUUUAGCAGGCUGACUGCCUAGCGUAGCAGCUUUACACACCUUUCUCCGCACAAAGAUGGGAAUCUCUCUUCCGGGGCACAGAUCCUGUUCUAGUUGCCGGUAAGCAAACUGCCCUCCCAGUUGAAGAAGCCAAAGAAUGCUUGAGAAAGAAGCAUCUAGCGAUGGUCUGCACAGCAGUCCGUGCUGUCUAGGAACCAUCGGCUCGGUAUUGAGCCUGUGUGGGGUGGUCUGCCGAGUGGUUUCCCUGAGGUGCCUCUUUAUUUAUUUAUUUAUAAUCCGUGAUCCUGACCACACCUAGUGCAACAGGUACAGCGUUCUUCCCCGUGGGAAAGGUAGAGGAUUGCAUUUCCUCGGCUCCAGACAGGGAGGGAUGGGGCUCUAAGUGGGUUUCAUAGCAGAUUGGCUGGAAAAGGCUGUGUGUCCAGCUCUUGAACGACUAAACAGCCAUAGCUGUGUCCCAAGAGGAGUGUGCGGUCCUCUCUCAAAGAUCACGGUCUCGGUGGACUCCGGACAGGAGUGCCAGAGCUCUAUGGACUGGACUUUGGUGUUUUUUUGUUUUGUUUUUGUAGGGAGACUACAGUGUGGUGUUUUCUGUUCUGAUUAAACAAAACCUAGGCGCACUACAGACUUGAAACCUGCCUUUUUGUGGUUUCCGACUCUAGGCUCACUGUGGCCCAGACUUGGUCUGUGUUAAGGCCGCGCUGCCGUGCCGAGGCCGGUGGGUGUCUCGUUUCCGAGCAUGUGUCUUGCCCUCCUUGCCGACAUCCUGGUCAGGACGAGGGUGUUCAGCUCCCGUUCGGGUUCCUGAGGGACGGGUCAGUAACCACGUGCUCCACGUCUGUCAACAGGAAGCUGUUGUAAUGGGAUUUUUCUGGGAGGGCUGGGAUGGGACCCCCGCCUUCACAGGAGCGAGGGAGGAGGCCGAUGCCUUGAAGACACCCUUUUCUUACCGGGAAGGGAGCGAAAGGGAGUUUGGUUCCUGGAAUCGGACUCCAUUGGUUGCCUAGUACUUGCAGAUACCACUAGUGCAAAGGGGUUUAAUGCUAUUUAAGAGGGACGAUCCUUUGAACCACCUUGAAGUUCUUAACGUACGGAAAUGGCUGAUGUUAAUUAUUUUGCAACAUUUCUUUGUAAAUAUCAUUUAAAAGAAUUUUGAGAUCCACUUCCCUUCCUGCAUUAAUGCUUGAGCCAGGCAAUUUUGCGUUUGGGUAAAUUAAAAUCAAAACACUCUAACUUGA